UUCUUCAUAGACCAUUCUGUGUGUGCACUGACUGGACCAACUUUAAUGCUAUCAAAUUAAAGCAUAUUUUUGCGCUUGGUGAUUUCUGGGUUUUGGUUUUAAUUCUGAUCUUUCACAAAAAUAUCUGAGAAAUGAGUCCCAAAUUAUCCAAAGAUGCAAACAAGAAUGAUGGCUUUGGGAGGACAAGACAAAGUCAAAGAUUCAAUCCCAUGAGAAACCAGCGUGGGAAACAUAGAGGUUUUCAGCAGGGCACUUUGCUAGAUCUGAUUAUUUCUGGUCUGCAUCCACACACCUUAGUUGAGGAGCCUGGCUUUUCACAAUUUUUGCAAUCUAUAAGGUAUGAUUGUCCAAGAGCUCACUUAAUACUCCUUGGGCUUAACAAUUUGUUCUCUAAAACAAAGGGAAUUGUUCAAUGCCAACUUGAAAAAAUGUAUAAUGUCACACUGUCAUCUGAAGUAUGGAAAACCACUGCAAAGAAAAUCUAUAUGACUACAACUUGUCACCUGAUUGAUGACGCCUGGACUCAAAUGUCAUUUGUUUUGGAAACCACACCUCUCCCUGAAGCAUACACACCAAAACAUGUUGUUGUACAGCUUUGGAAAAUAGCACAAAAAUGGAAAAUUGAAAGUAAGAUUAAAGUGGUCAUUACAAAUGUUGAUGGUAUAAAAAGGGAAAUAAAAAAUUGUGGAUGGGAGCACAUUCCCUGCUUUGCCCACACACUAGAUGUUGUCUUUAGAGCAACACUUGAAUCAUCCUCAGACUGGAAAGAACUGGCACAACGAUGUUGUUGUAUAGCACAGUAUUUUUCCCAAAAUGUUGAAGCACGGGCUCAACUCAAAGAGAGACAAACAAGGCAUCGGUUGUCACCAGAUAAUCUGACUGAGUCAAAUGCUGAUCGAUGGCUUCCUACCUUGAAAAUGCUAAAAAGAAUCACAGAGCAACACAAAGCCAUAAGUGAAGUACUCAUUCAAAGUCAUGUUGACUUGCUGUUAAGUGAGCAUGAAAAUAAAAACAUAAAAAAGGCAAUAGCAUGCCUCAGAGUGUUCCAGGGUGUCAUGACGGCAGCCGAUACAGCAAAGCGAUAUAAUUUACUGUCAAGCGCUAUACCACAGGUAGAGGACAUGAAACAGAAACUAAGAGAGUUGGAGCUGAGCGGAAACAAGUUUGCUAAGGAAUUAUUCAAGCAUUUCAUUCAUCAUUUUGGUAAAAUCAAAGAAAAUAAUUGGCUAACACUGAGCACAGCACUUGACCUGAGAUACAGAGACAUUGUGAUCUCUGAUAAGGGAAAUUCAACACACAUAAAGAAAAAGAUCAUAGCUGAAAUGCAUAAUGAGUCUGAAAAUAGCUUUAGAGAGCAAGUCAAUUUUGACAAAGCCUUGAACAGGUACUUAAAUAAAGAAAUUUUGAGGAGGGAUUGGGAUCCCUAUGCAUUCUGGAAGUUUCCAAAAGAUGAAGACUGGCACUUAAGUGAAGUCGCACGCAAAUACCUGACUGCUGUAUCUACUGCAAUGCCAGCUGACGUCGCAUUUGACACUGAAAAAGCAAGUUUAGUUGCCAGUCGAAGAAGUAGCUUGGAUCCACAACACCUAAAUAUGAUGUUGUUUCUAAAUGGCAACAGAUAGUAUCUGCAAUAAGAUCUCUUAGAAUAAAUGUCAGAAUAACAUAUUGAAAAUUCUCAUAAACCAUUGAAAUUUCUUUUGUUUACUAGAAUAGAAAGAAUGAAUUAUUUAGGGUAGAGGGUCAAGAAAUUAAACAUUAAGACAAUAAGUAGCCUAUAUAUAAAGUAUAUGCUAGAUAGGUAAUAAUUACUGUAUAUCAUACAUUACAUUUAAUUUAAUUUUAAUUAAAAUUGUUUAAUUGUUUAAAUAUUAUAUUAUUAUUGCUCUUUUUAGGGACUAUAUUUUUAUAUGUUUAAAAUUAAUGAGUGAAAAUGUUUGCAAUUAAUUAAUUCAUAUAUUUAUACUAUUCAUUUUGAAAAAAUACAAUACAAUUUGUCUACUAUACCAUUUGUCUAUACUAUCACAAAAAGUACAUACAUUAUACAUAAUAAUAUCAUUCCAUCACAUCCAAAAAGGAUCAGGAUGAAGCCGAAGAUUAUUAUUUUCCCUGACCCUUGUACAGUUCUAGCUCUUACUAUUACAUGACAAUAUAUUACAAAUUUUCUAUCCAAUAUCCCUUAAAUACAGUGGAUUUAUAUACCAACCAAUAAUUUAUUGCCAAAACCCAAUAAUCUUUACCAUAUAAACACCCGCUAAUUUCACAAUCACCUACGUAUAUACCUGUACAUUCCAACAUUGGUUUAAUAAAAUGUUUUAAACAAGUUGUUAAACUGUUUAAUGUUUGCAAUGGUUUAAAAUUAAAACAAGUAAAUUGUGCAUAGUUAUAGCAUGUCUUAUUUCAAGGGAAUAGUGGCUAAAACAAGCUAUAUUUAGUUAUAUUUGGGGUCUUUAUGUUUCUAAUGUAUUUUACUUAAUAUGUAUUAUGAAAAAUAAAUAUUCACUAAUACUUUUGUAAUUUUUUUUUUUG